AUGAUCUUACGGUCCUUCGCCUCGUUCUUCCACAAGUUGAUCCCUCAGUUUCGCGGGUACGGGCACGGCGAUGAUGGUGGGGCUCGGGCACGGACUCCGUGUACACUCUAGGGUAGCCUCGGCCGACUGAGAGAGCUACCACUUCGAGUGAAGAAAAUACACGGAAUGAAGAAAAUACACGGAAUGAUUCUUCACGGCCACAAGGCCACCGAGCGGAGUGUCGUUCCAUGAAAUUUCAACUUGUGGCACAUCGACUAUAGAGAUUCUGAAAGUUUCAACCUUUGAAAAUGCCCCUUUUUAAUGGUUUUCUUUGAAUCGAAGAGGUUUUUUCUUGAAAGUUAGAAAGUUUUGCGGUUGAGACUUUCAGGAAUGUUAUCUGGUAUAUCAAGAAAUAUUCUGGCCAAUUUUCAGAGAUUUUCAAGCUGUCAAGUAAAGAAGUAAGAACCUAGUAAGAAAGUAAGAAAGAAAAAAAAGCAGAAAAAAAAGGAGGAGAAGAAGAAGAAGAAGAAGAACCACUCCGAAGAGCGGAGCAGGAGCAACUGGCGUCCUUUCAGGGGCGUGGUAUUGGGAUCUGUGCCGAACAUCAAAUUGGUCCCUGUGGCGUCGGAACGAGCAUGGCUCUUCGAAAGGUGAUAAUGGUACCUUUAAUGACCGCGGUAAGAUCUUUUCGAAUACCUCAUUAGAAGUAGGCUACCAGAGAUAAAAAGGAUUUCCCGCCAUUUUUCUUAAACUCUUUAUUAUUCAAUUAUUCUCGACUUUUUGGUUGAAAAAAUUCAGAAAAGGGAGGGCAAACUAGAAGUGAAAAGAAAGUUUUUUAGGUUCAGGAAAAUCGUUGACACCUCGGGGCUCUAGGCCUAGGAUUAUUUACUCAUUUUGGCACCUUUAGAGUAAUAUUAUUUACUGAAGUUUUCAACUUUCGAAAGUUGUAAAUGGACAUUUUUUGUAUAGAAAUAACAAAUAGUCGAUUUUUCAAUUAGCUCCGUAGCUCAGAAAAAAAGUGUAUUCUCAGAAUUUUAUCAACCUUCAAAAAUAAAUUAAUCCAAAAACUGUCUUUUGGCGUUUGUGCCCGUUUUUCUCAUUUUUGAAAUGAACUUUUUAAGUUUCAAGUGAACAAAAAUGACCCAAAACAAGGAAAAAUCGAUAUUUCGGAAACCCUAUGGGUUCUUGGAGGUACCAGAUGGUUCUAUAUGAAAAAAGACUUUCUGAACCUGAUAAAAAACUUUACUUUUCCUGAUUCCGAACAGUUUGAGCCGAGAUAUGAAUUUUUGUAGCUGUAGAUGACAAAGUUGACCAAAGUCGAUAUUUCGAGAAACCCUAUGAGUCCUUGAGGAUACCAGAUGGUUCUACAUGAAAGAGGACUUUCUGAAACCUAUAAAAAAUUUACUUCACCCGAUUCUGUACAUUUUCAGCCUAGAUAUGAACUUCUGAAGUUUAUGUUUUCUGAAUUGGCUAUCAAACAAAAAAUUCCAAUUUUCCAACCAAAGAAGUUCGAGAAUCUUUCGUUCCUAAUAUUUCAUUAAACAUGGAGGAAAAAAUUUCAUACUCACGAAAACAGCUACUUUUAGUUCAAAAAUUUUCAGAACGAUCCGUUUUUUUACUUUUGACUCUCAGAAACUGUAAAAGUUAAAAAAAAACCGGUUGUUGGCUUCCAGGUGAAAAAUAUGACACCUGCUAAUUUUUUUAUAAAUUUAAUUUUUUUGUUUGUGAAAUUUUUUUAUUCAGUACUUGCAGUCCCUUAGACAUGGGAAAAGUUCGAAAAAAGCAAAAAAGCUCAAAAUUCAAAAAGUGGUAUAUUUAUUGACCUUUAGGUAUAUGUAUGAUACCUUCAUGUUAGUUUUUUUCGAUUUUUUUUUUUUUGAGUUUUCUUUUUGUCAAAGUCUCGGGGAAGGGCCUUCAUUUCAUUUUUGGAAUGGUUUAUCUAUAAGAUAACAGCGGUUCUAUUUGUUCUACAGUAAUUUUAUGGAAGUAAUGGAAAAAUAUUAUAUUCUAAUCGUUCAAUAUGUAGAUUAUCUACUGAGUUUUUCAUUUUUUUGUUGUAAAGUUUAUUUUUUUAUAGUCCGACAUAAUUGAUAGCACAUGAAAUAAUUACUUUUAAUGAUGAUAUAUCCUAUUGCUAUCAAUAUUACUAUUUGUUAGCUGAGAGGCUAAUUCAAAGGCGCUUCAUUUGAGUUGUUCAGUGGUUUGAGAUUUAGAAUGCUUUUUGUGCGUUUAUCUGCGAGCUUUGAUUUAUUAAUAGUUUAUUAGUCAAGUGGCAAAUUAUAGUAAAUAUAAGAGGGAGAAGAAUUGAAAAAUGGCUUGUGAAGAGGGUGUGUUUUUCCACGGAAACAGAAGCAAGAUAAUGUCUAUUUUCUAUUGGCGGGCCGUGAUAUUGCAUGCUGUUGCGAAGUGCUGGCUAUUACAGAAUCUAAAGCAAUUCCUGCUCUUGUCUGUAGUCGAAACGACUGCGCUUGCGGAGUCGGGCUACUUCUUCAAUCAUUUCGAUGGUUCGCACCGUUUCGGUGCCGAUUGGGGCUGUUCUGUGAAAGAAUUUUAUUUUUUUAUGCGCGAAUCUUUAUUUUUCACAAGCUCUUCUGUUCCAAAAAAUUUCAUUUUACUUUAAACAACGUAGAAAAUGGACAAAAACAUGCUCCUAGCUCAUAACUAGUGUUCUUACUACUUCAGGGGGCAAAUCUAAUCCGAACCUCGUCCGUGACGAAAAUUUUUCCUUCGCCGUUAUAGGCUACAGGAUUUUAGGGGAGAAGGGUGCUAAGGCCGAAUUUAAAGGCUAAAUAAUUCAGAAGGGUGGUCUGACCCCCCGAAAAGUGGAUCAAAUCGUUGGAGGCGUUGACGCUUUCUUCACUCAAUUUUAUUUCUUUAAUAGUUUCUGCCGUUAUUCCGGAGAAUUUUAGAUUUUUUAUGAACUUGUUAGCCAAAGAUGGUGACUCCUUCGGCUUCGAGACUUAAACGCCGUUCAGCCCCAGGACUUCUGCGAGCGUCAUUUCGACUUCGUUGGCAGGUGCUCGGGGUGGGAGAUCUUUCGGGAGAGUCUUUCCGGCGGCGGCGCGGACUUGAGUCAUGUUCUCAAGUGUUUUUUGAACUUGCGGGGAUUGGACUUAAUGGGAUUCAGUAUAUGUCUAUAUAUAUUUAUUUAUAUUCGUUUCUAAAUUUCUAUGAUUGAAGUUCUUUUUCAUUUUCUUAUAGGACUGCGCACUUGAUUAUGCACGGCAGUAUAAUUUUGAAGCCUAUGAUUACUAUGGUCCCUAUUGAUGUGGGUAGAUUUUUAAGAAUUAUCUAUGUGUGAAAAAUCUUGAAAAAUGCUUGAGGGUUGCAUGUUUGGUGGGACAGAUCCUUGAUUAGCCCCUUUUUUCUUUUUUCGUGGGAUGUAUGCUAAUGUCCCUCAGAAAUCUAUAUUUAUUUUUUUCCGCUCGCAUUUUACAGUACAGUAUUGUUCUUGUGCAACUGCACGUUUCUAUGUAUUCGCACUUAUUUUCUGUGUCGCAAAUUAAAGGGAAUUUCUCAUGAAAAUGCGGCAUCGUCGCAAUUUUUUGUGUUUUUUGUGAAAACCUAAAAUUUGCUAUUUGUGCUGGAAUCGUAUUGUCAAUCGAAAGUAUGGAAAUUUUAGCUCUAAAAUCUUCCUUUCCUAUGGUCUCUAUUUCUCCUUCUCGGAUUUUCAGUUCAAAUGUGUUUUGCUGUGAGUUGUGCCUUUCCAGGCCAUUGUGCGCAUUUGUAGGGCCUAAAAUUUUCGUCUGAUGUUGGUUUCGCAUACGUUCUAUAAAGUAGACAUGCUGAAGUUAAUGAUAGGCAAUCGCAGAACCAACCACCUUGCUUGCGCAAUAAGAUUUUCCUAGAUAGGUUUUGCUUCUGUUUGCUUCUUUAAGUUCGUUUAUGAUGGCCUCAGGUGCAAAAACGUCGCAUUUGGUUCCUCUGCAGAGGCUAUUUCCUCCAUAGCGCAUAACUGAUUCUACGUUUAAGAAUACAUUUUUCGUGUUUAUUACCGUACUUAUGAUGCAUUCAUGGAUAGUUUUCUCUACUUUGAUCCUAUAUUUCGCAACUACUGUUGGUGGUUAUAUCUAUGCAUAUUUCAUUGGGUAAUGGAGUUACGAAAAUUUCUUGGUCCGUUUUUAGGCAACAUCUGUCAUUUUCGCAACUUUUUCCGUUAUGCGUGAUAGGUAUAGUAAUGUCACAGCCUCGGGCCGGGACUAGCAAAGUAAGUAAAGUCAAUGAAAUUUCCUUUUUUUGGAAAGAGCGUCUUUUUGUUCAAAGUGUCACUUUUAUUAAUUACUUGAGCUGCUUCGUCGGUAAUCAACUUUGGGAAUUUCGUAAGAUUUCGGGAGGGGUUAAUAUUUAGAUCUAGGAGAGUUGAAACCCUAACGCCCCCCGCGUGUGGGAGGGGCGUGGGGGGAAGAGAAUCAAACGCGGGGGGGGCGAGCCUGCAUCUAGAAAUGUACCGCUCAAAAAGUCUAUUAAGUUUUGGUUUUUUUGAGCAUAUCUCAGCGAGUACUUAUCCGAUUUAUAUAUAACUUUCAGGGAUAAUGUAAAAAUAUACUUUGUAACAUAUACGGUAUACAAAGACACGUCCGCAAUCACUGUGUCGCGUUUUAGGCAUUUUUUUAUUGAAUUCAAUUUUUUUUGUUUUUUUAUGCUUUUUAUUUUUUUAUUUAUUUUUUUAUUAAAUUUUUUUAAAAAGUAAUGAUGUUGCCAUAUGUUUUUUCAUGUUUUUCAGACAUGGGAAGAACCUCUGGAAAAAAGGAUUUGACUGAUAACUACAAAAGAGCCAUCGUUGUGGGUCGUCAAUAUGGACUGACCAUGACGACGUUGGCAGGAAUGUUCGGCGUGACAGAGGCGUGCAUUUCUCAGUUCCUAAAGCGUCAGAAAGCUCAAGAUGGCUCUACUAACAGCCAACGCACUGGAAGACCACGUGUCACUGAUCGUAAUGACGAUAGGAACAUUUUGAAGACGUCUAGAACCAAUCCAAGACUCACCGCCCCUGCGAUCAGACGGGAAGUUUUCUUGAUUUCGCCAUCUCCGCCAUCCGUCUCGACCGUGAAACGACGUCUGAAUGCUGCUGGAAUCAUGGGAAGACGUCCAGUGAAGAAACCGCUGAUUUCUGAAAAGAAUCGAGCCUCCAGGGUGAAGUGGGCGAAGGAGCAUCUCAACUGGACCCGUCAAGGCUGGAACAAGAUUCUGUGGUCCGACGAAAACAAGUUCCUCCUCUUCGGGAGUGACGGAAUUCAGUGGGUUUGUAGACCAAUUGGGUCCAGAUAUCAUCCGAAAUACCAAUUACCCCCUGUGAAACUUGGUGGAGGACCGUUUCGUCGGACCACAGAAUCUUGUUCCAGUCUUGACGGGUCCAGUUGAGAUGCUCCUUCGCCCACUUCACCCUGGCGGCUCGAUUCUUUUCAGAAAUCAGCGGUUUCUUCACUGGACGUCUUCCCAUGAUUCCAGCAGCAUUCAGACGUCGUUUCACGGUCGAGACGGAUGGCGGAGAUCGCGAGUUCAAGAAAACUUCCUGCCUGAUCGCAGGGGCGGUGAGUCUUGGAUUGGUUCUGGACGUCUUCAAAAUGUUUCUAUCGCCAUUACGAUCACUGACACGUUGUUUUCCAGUGCGUUGGCUCUUAGUAGAGCCAUCUCGAGCUUUCCAACGCUUUAGGAACUGAGAAAUGCACGCCUCUGUCACGCCGAACAUUCCUGCCAACGUCAUCAUGGUCAGUCCAUUUUGACGACCCACAACGAUGGCUCUUUUGUCGUUAUCAGUCAAAUUCUUUUUUCGCGAGGUUCUUCUCAUGUCUGA